ACAGCAAAACACUGCAAAAUUUUGCAAUACUAGUCUCUGAUCCCCGUUAUAUGGGUACUUUAACACCUUUUGUGUUUUAUGGUUCACAUUUAUUAGCUAAUUUUACUUGUGUGGCAGAAUUUACAAUAUUCGGAAAGAGAUCAGUCUUCUGGUUCUAGCUAGCAAAAAAUGAAGGUCCCUAGCGAUGAAAAUGAGGUGGUGGAGGAAGGCAGUAGCAGCUCAACACCAGUAGACAACUCCAACAACGAGGAAAUUCCACCUUAUCUACGUGAAGAACCUCCUGAAGAUGGAGAGAAGGACCACCCUAAGAAAGAGGCGGGGGUCAUCUGGAGGGUGACCGGCGGUCUCUUCAACAUGACCAGAGGGGCGGUCGGCGCGACAUGGGGAGGCGUGGCCUGGGUGGGCUGUAAGAGCUAUGACAUCACCAAGACGGUGGUGACCAGCGUGCCGGCCGCCGGCAUAGGAUUAGUCAAAGGCGGCGUUUCCGUGGUGACGGGAGGAGUUGGGGCGGUAGGGUCCGCAGUAGCCAGUAAAGUUACACCAAAGAAAAAGGAUAAGUCUGAUUAGGCCUAGACCCAACUACCACCCCAAUCUAGUUUACAUAUGUGUCCUUCCUUAUCUGUCUGCUGUGUAUAGGAUCCAUCUGGUUACUAAUGGUAACGAUUCAGAGUUGAGAUAAGCGCAAGUAACUUGGAUUUCCACAUAAAUCAUUCAAUGACAUCAAUGGGAGACUUGCGCGAAAAGCCAAAUUAAGCUUGCGGAUCUCAAGUCAGAAUACUACCUUAAGGGAGCAUUACAGAGGGAAUUUGAUGGGAUUUGUUAUGAUUGGAAUUGGAAUUGGAUAUGGAAUUGACAAGAAUGUUGAACUUACUGCCUAUGUACUUUUGAGAGGGAUCUCAUGUCUUUUUGAUUGAUCUGGGUGUGGGAAGGGUAGGGCAUAAUAAUAUGACGACCACGCACGAUGUUUGUCAUGCACAAGUACAAUUUGGUAGCGAUUCAGUAAGGACACAUUUACAUUUCUCAAAGACUUAAGGUGAUUUACAUUCUUCCGGUUUUUAUUAUGAAACAGCAUCUUUACAUCAGUAUUAAAACAAAGUGAAAGGUACUUUACACAACUUAAUUUCAUCAGUUUGACAUCGGUGAUUGGGGAAUACACGCCAAACAAUGUGUGUAUGUGAAUAUGUAUGUGUUAUAAUAGAUAUGUGAAUAAUAGGUACGUGAAUCCUAUUGAUCCAGAUAGAGAAGGUAGGAGAGGGACCUUGCAGCCUUGAAACUCUGUUGCAGCUUGGAUGUUUUAUUGUACUGCAGGUGAGGGGAUUUUUAUUUUGCUUCAUGAUUUGGAGACGUGUUAAAUAAAGCGUGUUAUUACAUAAAAACUGAUCUAAAAAAUCCUGAAAAUGACCUUUUCGCAUUAAUGUUACAUAUAUCAGCAGAGGUUCUGAGCUGUUUAAAUAAAUGAAACACCAUUUCACCACCAAGGAAACACACGUAUGUAAGGUCAAGGGUCAUAGUUCAUGCCUGCAUGGCAAAUGUCACCCUAUUCCCUUUAUAGUGCACUACUUUUGACCAGGGCUCUCUUGUCAAACGUAGUGCACUAUAUAGGGAAUAGGGUGCCAUGUGGGACUCAUCCUAUGACAUUCACUUGUAUGGACUUUACUCAAAUCUGUAUUUAUGUGCCUACCUGUACAAUGUACAUACAUUAGAUAGAUAAGUAUUGAUAGUUGAUAGUUUACACUGACAUUCCCGGAGUAGGAGGGACAGUUGAAAACAAACCUGCUUUUUCUUUCCAUGAAUCCCACUUGUAGCAUGGGUGCCAAUCUGUUUGGCAUGAAAAUGAGUUGGCAAGAUGCCACAAACAGAUCUGGAACCAGGCUAAUUCAUUUCCACAUUGUUUACAUUAUUACCAUAGUACUGAAUUACUGUCCAUUCUGAUGAGACAUGAAAUGUACACCAAUCUCCUUUUUCUUUUUGAUUAUAUUUGAAUAUUCACUGAGUACAUUUUUAUUUGAAGUCUAUAGAAAGAGAACACACUUGGCAUGGUAUGUCCACGGCCUUACGUUAUGCAUCGCAUGCUUCAACUGGUUGUUUUUCCCUUCUUCCUGUACACAAUAUGCUGUUUAUUGUUAUGACAACUUUCGCCUAUUUCAUUUGAAUGUUUUUUCCUCUUGUCCUGUUUUUUUUACUGUUUUCCUCUGCACUUACUUCUGCUAGUUAAUAUACACUACCAGUAAAAAGUUUGGACACACCUACUCAUUCCAGAGUUUUUCUUGAUUUUUUACUAUUUUCU